CGUUAUCAGUAGACUGCUGCUUGCGGGGAUAUAGAAGGAACACUCGCGGACAUUCCAAAGGUUGCUCGUUGGUUCUCACGAUCUGGCGCCCGUGUCUUGUUCCUGUAUUGCCAUGCUUUUCCUCUGAGUAUAAGCUUGCGUUAACUGGUGAGGAAGGUCCGCGUGAGGGCCAUGGCACGAUCCACUUCGUCUUCCUCGUCGGGGAGCAGCGGCAGCAGCAGUGGCACCAGCAGCCACUCGAGUGGUUCGCGGAGCUCUGGCUCUAGCCCUAGCCGCUCGCCGCCGCGAGGGCGGGCUGCGAGCAAGGACGAGCCGAAGGCCAACGGGGGCCGCUCGAACGAUAAGGCUGGCGAGGGCGGCACUGGCGCCGGCGGCGCGGCCCGCCUGGUAGUGAGCAACCUCACCCGCAAUGUGACGGAGGACCACGUACGGGAGAUAUUUGGCUGCUACGGCUCGCUUAAGGAGGUGAGCUUGGCCAUCGACCCGGUCGUCAACCUGCCGCGCGGCUUCGCGCACGUGGAGUAUGCGAGCCGCGCCGAGGCGGAGGCGGCCAUUGACCACAUGAAUAACGGCCAGAUCGAUGGCAACGUCGUCAAGGUUGGCUUCGUGCUGCUGCCUAAGCGGCGCUCGCCGCCGCCGCCCCUGCCACCGCCGCCGGGGCGCCGGGGGUCGCCGCCCCGCCGCGGCGCCAGCCCGCCCCGCCGCGGCCCCAGCCCACCGCGGCGCCGGAUGAGCCCUCCCCGCCGAGGCAUGAGCCCGCCCCGUCGCGGCCUGAGCCCGCCACGGAGAGGCGCCAGCCCGCCACGCCGGGGCAUCAGUCCGCCGCGGCGGGGACCCAGCCCGCCACGCCGCGGCAUGAGCCCACCACGCCGGGGAAUGAGCCCGCCGCGGCGCGCGCGGUCGCCCGUAGGUCGCGGGCCCUCGCCUGGGCGCAGGCCCCGCAGCCGCAGCCCACCACGAGGCUACGUGGGAGGCCGGCGGCCGCCCUCGCCGCCCCGCCGCGGUGCCUCGCCCCCUCGGCGCCGGUCGCCACCCCGCCGCAGCCGCAGCCCGGCGCGGCGGCCCUCGCCCGCCCGGCGCCGGUCCCGUUCCCGCUCGCCGGUCGGCGGUGCACCGCGGGGCGGGCGCGUGUCUCCGCCUCGCCGCUCCGGCCGCGGCCGCAGCAGCAGCUCCAGCAGCUCAGGUCGCUCCAGCUCUUCCACGUCUUCUUCGUCCUCCGGCUCCUCCACUUCCUCCGGCUCGCGCUAGAGAGGCGCGGGCUUGGGGUGUUGGGUGGAGGGAUUUGGGCGGGCGGCAGCGUGGUAGGAGGAGUGAGCGCGGCGUUACGGCGCGGUGGUGGUUGGUUGCGGGCUGCUGAAGGCAGCGUGGAGGCGGCAGCAAGGGAGCCCAGGGAAGCUGGAGACCCGGAAAGUUGGCUUGGUGUUGAUGUGAUAGAGGCGCGAGAUUGGUGGUGCCGGCGCAAGGCGGCCUGGGUGCUGUGUGUUGGGUGAGGCCAAGCGGGUGGGGCGCCGGCGCAGUGUCGGUGCCAGUUGUUUGCAAGCGGCAAAGGCGGUCUGCCGCCUGUGUGGAGCGUAUGGAGCGAGGUGGGGUUGUGUCACCACGGCAGCCUGGCACGUGCGCGCUCCCAGACACUGCGCCCAAGCAGGAUUAUUUGCAGCGCAACUGGGAGCCGCACGGCUGCAGGAUCCGUGGUGACGUGGCGGUCUGCCCUGGUCUGCCCAAGCAUGAACCUUGGCUGCUGAGCGCCACGCGGCGACUGCUUCUGUAAUAACGAUCACGU